CGACAACACCGAACGACAGCUGGUAUGGAUAUUCCAGAUUCUUGGCGGUCCCAUCUGCCAAGCCAGAAUGGGAUUGGCCUCGGGAAUGCGUUUCCGCUCUCCAGUUUACCAUACCGGUCUUUGUAUUUAGUCUUCUUUAAUUCGCCAAUGUGAAUUGGCUGAUAUGAUCAUGCCCCUCGUCCAUGAGUUCCGAUGGUUAUCUGCUGCAGUUGUGAGUGUAAUUAGGUGCGAGUAGCAGCAUCUCCAUCCCUCACCAAUUCGCGAUGGCACUAGAGCACCCUAUCACGGCCGACGAACUGCGAAAACACUCCUCACCCGAAAACUGUUGGCUAGUAGUCAACGGUGUAGUUUGGGAUCUCGGCGACUUUGCCCCUGAGCAUCCCGGCGGUGCGGCCGUCAUUCACAAGUACGCCGGCCAAGACGCUUCGGCGGUAUACAAUAGCAUUCAUGCGCCAUCUCUGAUACAGAACGAGCUAGAGGCCUCUAAGAGAAUUGGUAAGAUUGACGAGAGCAGUAUGGGCCCAGGUCCAGAUGUUUCGGAGACCAAAACCCCCGCUUCCCCAUCGACCGCAAAGAAUGGUGGGGGGAGGAGGAGGCCACUCCUCACGCUUCUCAGUAGCCAUGACUUCGAGAAGGCUGCUUCCGAAAAUCUCUCCGACAAGGCUUGGGCAUUCUUCUCUUCCGCAGCGACCGACUGCAUAACCAAAGAGGCAAACGCCGCCUUUUUUGGGCGCAUGUGGUUGCGACCUCGGGUCCUGAGAAACGUCAGAGACAUCAGCACGAAGACGAAGAUGCUCGGAAACGAUGUCAGCCUUCCGUUGUUCGUUAGCCCGACAGCCAUGGUUAGGUUGGCACACCCGGACGGGGAGACGGUGAUAGCGAAGGGAUGUUCCAAGUCUGGCAUCCCCCAUACGAUAUCAACUAAUGCGUCUUACCCGAUGGCAGACAUCACCUCGUGCGCCGAUACAACUUUUUUCUUCCAGCUCUACGUCAACAAGGACCGUGCUGCGUCCGAGAAGCUUCUCAAGCAAGCGGAGCAGUGCGGUAUGCGGGCCGUCUUCGUGACCGUCGACCAGCCAACGCCCGCGAAACGCGAGGCAGAUGAGCGUGUGAAAGCUGACGCCGUGGCGCUGACGCCGACACCAAAUGGUGCCGUGGCAACCAACGACUCCAGGGGGGGCGGUCUGGGACGCACAAUGGCAGGGUAUAUCGACUCGACGACCAAUUGGGAGGACAUCAAAUGGCUCCGCAGUGUGACUAGACUGCCAAUCGUGCUCAAAGGGGUGCAGACGGCACAAGAUGCGAUCCGGGCCGUCGAGCACGGGGUUGACGGCUUGUUGAUAGGCAAUCACGGUGGCAGGAGUCUAGACACGUCGACACCGGCAAUUCUAGUUUUGCUGGAGCUGCAGCUUAACUGCCCCGAAAUAUUCAAGCAUAUCGAGGUUUAUAUCGACGGCGGCAUUCGACGCGGUACCGACAUAUUCAAAGCGGUAUGUCUGGGAGCCAAAGCUGUGGGUAUGGGUCGGCCAUUCCUCUACGCAGCGAACUACGGGCCUGAGGGCGUCGAACACUUGAUUGAGAUCAUGAGGGACGAGUUUGAGACGACCAUGCGGAUGAUGGGUUGCACCGACUUGUCCCAACUCCACCCGGGACUCUUGAACACCUGGGAGCUUAGUCGUAUGGUCCCGAGACUGACAGACGCACCGCAACAUCUCAGGGGGCCGCAAUCGAAGCUCUGAUCGAGUUUUGAUGGGGUUCGUAACAAUAGUAACCCCUGGCCGAUCUUAAUUGGGUAGUUGAAGGGUAGCGGCCAGGUUUGACAGCAGGAUAAAUCGUUUCU